CAGCGCGCCAUGAGCAGUCCUCACAAAGUACAUCCCUGCAUUUCUUUCGUUUCUUUUAGAUCCACCAUUCUCCUUUAAUCAUCCUCCAAAGCCACUAAUAUCCAUCUCUCUCACUUCCAAUGGCUUUGCUCCACUCCAUCACCACCCAAGUCCUCCAAACAUGCAAAGUUUCUCCUCCCCCUUCGCCAGCGGCGACACCACCAACAUUCUUCCAUGCACCUUCUUUGAUCUCAUCUUCAUGCACUUCCAUCCAGUUCAACGUGUCUUCUUCUAUGACUUCCCUCAUUCCUCUCACCACUUCAUCUCCUCCGAAUUCCCAAGCCUCAAACACUCCUUAUCUCUCACACUUUCCCGCUUUUACCCUCUGGCAGGAUGUUUGCUCAUGCAAGCCGGCGGCAAGCCGGAGCUUGUCUUCUCUGCCGGGGAUUCUGUGACUGUAACCAUUGCAGUGUCUUCUGAUGAUUUCCAUGAGCUCUCUAGUGAUCUUGCACGUGAGAUGUCAAGAUUUCAUGUGUUGCUUCCAAAACUCAUUGAGAAAGAAGUGCUUGCUAUUCAAGUCACAACCUUUCCAAACUCCGGCAUCAGCAUCGGAACAACAAUGCAUCAUGGAGUUGGUGAUGGUGCUACUUAUACUCAUUUCAUGAAGACAUGGUCGGCAGUUCAUCGGUUUGGUGAGCUUGCUGCCUUUUCAAUGGUGUUGCCGCCUUUUCUAGACCGGAGUAAGGUGAGGGAUGAUAGAGGCCUUGAGAGAUUGUUCAUGGAGGAGUUGGAAGAGUUCAAUGGUGGUGAUGGGCUUGACAAAUGGGAUCUUCAUGGGUGCAAUGAUGUUGUUCUUGCUACAUUUGUGUUUGGAAGGGAGAGAUUGGAGAAGAUGAAGAAGAAGACUUUGUCAAAUUGUUCGGUGUCUGCUUUGGCAUGCGGAUACAUGUGGUCUUGUUUAGUGAAGGCAAGAAAAGAUACGAGCAAGAUGAUGGUUCAUUUCGGCUUUGUCACUGGUUGUAGAGCAAGAAUUGAGCCUGCAUUGCCGACAAAUUAUUUCGGCAAUUGUUUAGGCAUAUGUUGUGUUGAAGCUGAGAGAAGUCAGGUUGUUGAUGAGGAAAGAUUGGUUGCAGCAGAGGCAAUUUGGGAAGUGAUCAAAGGGUUGGAAAAGGGAGUGAUGGAGGGAGCUGAUAAGUGGGUGAGUAAUGUGUACAAAUAUGCAUCGGAGAGGGCAAUGACUGUGGCAGGAUCACCGAAGUUGGGUGUUUAUGAGGUUGAGUUUGGUUGGGGGAAGCCAAAGAAGGUGGAUAUUGUGUCGAUAGAGAGGACUGGAGCGGUAUCCUUGACGGAGAGCAGAGAUAAUGAAGGAGGUAUAGAGGCUGGCCUUGCAUUGCCUCGCCAUGAAAUGGAGGAGUUUGUUUCUUGUUUUCUUAAUGGUUUCAUGGAAGAGAUUUAAUGGAGUUCAAUUAAGAAGUUUCAUUAAAAAAUUUGGAAGGACUGAAGUUUAUGUCCUUUAACUUCAAUUGGGAGAAAAUUGAACAACCAUGGCAUUGUUGUAAGGAUUCCCAUUCUAGUUUUCACUCGUAUAUUCCCUGUUUUCAAAUUGCAUAGAUUCUACUCUCCAUGUCAUUUUGGGAAGAAAAGGUUGUAAAAUUCCUUUAUCCAUGAACCAUACAAUAAAAAAUAAGGCAAGGCUGACAAAGGCAUUAUUCA